CUGGCUUUGGAGGGACAGUUCUGAACUUCCUUCCCAGGCACUGUCACACUGGUGUUUACUGGUGGGAAACUAGGAAAAGCUGGUUCUUGGCCCUUGGAUUUUGACGGGUUACUGGGAGAAGCGGGGCCCAUUUUAGUGGGUCUCUGAAAAAGCCCAGCAAGAUGUCAGACCUGGUCUCAAUUUUCCUCCAGCUCCUUCUCUUCAAGUUGGUUGCCCCGGUGACCUUUCGCCACCACCGCUAUGAUGACCUCGUGCGGACGCUGUACAAGGUGCACAAUGAAUGCCCCCAUGUCACGAGGGUUUACAGCAUUGGGCGCAGUGUGAAGGGAAGACACCUCUACGUGCUGGAAUUCAGUGACUACCCUGGAAUCCACGAGCCCUUGGAACCGGAAGUCAAGUAUGUGGGGAAUAUGCACGGCAACGAGGUGCUGGGCCGCGAGCUGCUGCUGCAGCUGUCGGAGUUUCUGUGCGAGGAGUUCCGCAACAGGAACCAGCGCAUCGUCCGGCUGGUGGAGGGCACGCGCAUUCACAUCCUGCCGUCCAUGAACCCCGACGGCUACGAGGUGGCCGCCGCCGCCCAGGACAGGGACAUUUCUGGGUAUCUGGUUGGCAGGAACAAUGCAAACGGAGUGGACCUGAACCGCAACUUCCCUGAUCUCAAUACCUACAUCUACUACAAUGAGAAGAACGGAGGCCCCAACCACCACUUACCCCUUCCAGACAACUGGAAAAAUCAGGUGGAACCCGAGACCCAGGCAGUGAUCCAGUGGAUCCGCUCCUUCAACUUUGUCCUUUCAGCCAAUCUCCAUGGAGGGGCAGUGGUGGCCAAUUACCCAUAUGACAAGUCCCUUGAGCACCGGGUCCGAGGUUUCCGCCACACUGCCAAUACCCCCACGCCUGAUGACACACUUUUCCAGAAGCUGGCCAAGGUCUACUCCUAUGCACAUGGAUGGAUGCACCAAGGUUGGAACUGUGGGGAUUACUUCCCAGAUGGCAUCACCAAUGGGGCUUCCUGGUAUUCUCUCAGCAAGGGAAUGCAAGACUUUAAUUACCUCCAUACCAACUGUUUUGAGAUCACGCUGGAACUGAGUUGUGACAAGUUUCCGCGGCAAGAGCAAUUACAGCGCGAGUGGCUGAGUAAUCGGGAAGCCCUAAUUCAGUUCUUGGAACAGGUACACCAAGGCAUCAAGGGAAUGGUGCGGGAUGAGAAUUAUAAUAAUCUUGCAGACGCUGUCAUUUCUGUCAGUGGGAUUAACCAUGAUGUCACUUCAGGUGACCAUGGAGAUUACUUCCGGCUGCUGCUUCCAGGUACCUACACUGUCACUGCCACAGCACCCAGGUUUGACCCAGAGACAGUGAGUGUGACCGUGGGUCCUGGGGAACCCAAACUGGUUAAUUUCCAACUCAAGAGAAGCACCCCUCCAGCAGCCCCUAAGAGGAGAGGCCCCAACUCAGGGCAUAGAGGCAGAGUCUUACCAAAGAAAGUACAGCCCCGGGCAGCUAAGAAAAAAGAAAUGAUGAUGAAACAGUCCCAGAGAGUCCCUGCCUGAAAUCCACAGUCCCCGGGGCAACACUUUAGAAAGGCUUUGUUCCCACUCUCACACCAGAUGAAGCAUUCUUUCUAUUUUAUUAUCUGAGACAUAUUUAAAUAUAAAAAUAUUCAGAACAA